AUGGAAGGACUACAAGAAUGUCUUCCAUGUCCUGAUCUCUUGUGUGCAUAUCAUGUGGCCUUUGGGGGGCGUUCAACGGCAUUGGAGGGGCCUCAUGACUCCUUGCCACCUGGUGCUGCCUUCCUCCUCCCAAAGUUUUUUGGGGGCUGGCUGCUGUUUUGCCAUUGCUGGUGCCCAGAAAAUAGUUGCCCACUGCUGAGACUUUUGGACAGGGAUGGGAAAGCUGUAGACAUCCAAAUGUUAUGGAACUGCAGCUCCCUUCAGCCCUGUCUAUUGGCCCUGAGGGCUGGAGCUGAGGCCAGUUGA